AUGACGACUGUCAGCAUUGACGCCCACGCUCCGGCCGAUGUCGCCCAGUUCGUGGCCCAUGCCGGAGUAAGCAAGGGCAACAUGCGCCUUGACAAGGUCUUCUUCAGUGCCUUCUCUGCCGGAUGUCUGCUCGCUUUUGCCUGCGGGACGGCCCUGAGUACCAAUACAACGGCAUGGUUUCAAGAAAAUGCGCCCGGCUUGAUUCGCACAAUAGCCGCCCUCGUCUUCCCUUAUGGUUUGUGUAUGAUCAUCUUAACGGGAGCGGACCUCUGCACUGGUUCUUUCAUGUUCACCACCGUCGCCGCACUCCAACGCAAACUGCCCUGGUACAAGAUGCUGCUCCACUGGUUCGUGACCUUCUGGGGGAACCUGGCUGGAUCCCUCUUCGUUGUCGCCAUCAUCUUUGGCUACGGCAACGUCUUCGCUGCCGACCCCUACAAGUCUGAAGUCAUCGCCUUUGCCACUAAGAAACAAGUCACCCCGGACUUCCACCAUAUCUUCCUUCGCGGUAUCGGCUGCAACUGGCUUGUCUGCCUGGCUUGCUUCCUGGGUGUACAGGGCCGGGAUCUCGCCUCCAAGCUCGUAGGUAUCUGGUUCCCGACCUUUGCCUUCGUCUCGCUAGGCUUUGACCACGUCGUCGCCAAUAUGACCUUCAUCCCGAUGGCGAUCUGGCUGGAUGCCCCCAAGAUCACAGUGGGGCUGUACAUCUGGAAGGGGAUCAUUCCGACUCUGCUGGGAAAUAUUAUUGGAGGCGGAUUGUUUGUUGGCACAUACUACUGGUACAUGUACCUCUUGAGUGGAGAGAUGAUUACUCUCACUGGGAUGCGCAAGUCAGGCACGACAACGCCUCGUUCAGUGGAUGAUGUGGAGGCCAUGGCUGCUGAUAAGUAG